AUGCAGUCCUUGUUGAGAUCUAGGUUGAUUCCAAUCCGUUUCCAGUAUCGAAGAUUCGCUACUAAUAUUGUGAUGCCUGCUUUACAGUCCGAGAUACGGAAAAAAUUGAUGGAAUCCAUGAGAAACAAAGACAAGAAACAGACUAGCACUAUAAAGUUAUUUUUAUCUGAAAUUGAAAUUGCCAACAAAUCCAAUCGUCCUGUAACAAAUGAUUCGGAGGUUACUCGACUUUUGAACAAAAGCAUUAAGAAGAAGAAGCAAGCUAUAGAACAAUUUCUUUCAGCAAACAGAACAGAUCUCUCCGAUAAAGAAAAGGAUGAAGUUGAAAUCUUACAAAAGUUCCUUCCUCGCGACGCAUAA